AAAUGGAGUCAGCAGUGGUAGGGGAUUCCCAGCCACAGGCAUCCUUUCCAAUUUCCUCUUUUGAGGGGUUUGAAUUGCUUAUAAAUACUCUCUCUGAGUUUGAGAGCACACAAGACAAGCUCCAUCUCUUUUAGCUUCACCUUUCUGUGGUGCUCUGUGUCAGGCUUAGGCCAGGAACCAUGAGGCUCUGUGUCUGCCUUGUGUUGCUCUCCUCUAUUCUAUGUGCAAGUGCUGACUUGUCAGCAAUACCCCGAGCUGGACGAUUUGCUGUGGAUGCAGCAGGAGGGGCGUGGGAUAUGCUCAGAGCAUACUGGGACAUGCGUGAGGCAAAUUAUAAAAAUGCUGACAAAUAUUUCCAUGCUCGUGGGAAUUAUGAUGCUGCCCAAAGAGGACCUGGCGGUGCCUGGGCAGCCAAAGUGAUCAGUGAUGCCCGGGAAAAAUGGCAAAGCGACGUGAGUGGCAGAGGUGCUGAAGACACCCGAGCUGACCAAGAGGCGAAUGAGUGGGGCCGCAAUGGUGGGGAUCCCAACCGCUACCGACCUAAGGGCCUUCCCAGCAAAUAUUAAUACUUCUCACCUGUUACACCCCUUCUGCACAUCUGAAUAAAGACAUUAUCCUGAAAACUGC